AUGUCUAAUACAGAUCCUCACACCGACCGACGUCCACAGCCAGGGGUCAUCCCCGAGGUGAUUCUCCAUGAAGCCGAGGCAGCGGCGGCAGCUGCCCAAGAGGAGGAGGACAGAGGUUCAAAAGGGGUCGAUGUCCCAGGAUUCCAAGGGUCUCCAGAACACCACAUACGGCAUCAUAGGGGCGUUUCACCUCACCUAGAGCAAGUGCCGCCACCCGCUUAUAACGGUUCAGACUAUGGCCAUUUGGAUAUUACCCAGAAUGGCCUGGACACGGGUGCUCGAAUCUCCAGUGAUGGCAGAGUCAACAUCAAGAUCAACCAACACGGCAAAAAGCUCACGAAUAUACUUCUUCCGGCUCUAAAACACCAAUUGGAAGUCCAGAGGCAGAAGAGCGCGCAGCCACAUAUUCCAGAGGGCUUAGGAGAAACGGACGGCCUCCCUCCCCCUCCUAUGAACAUUGUGAUUCAGAUUGUGGGCAGCCGAGGAGACGUCCAGCCUUUCGUGGCCCUGGGUCAAAUAUUGAAGAACAAAUACAAGCAUCGUGUGAGGAUAGCCACUCAUCCCACUUUCAAGCAAUUUGUCACUGAAAACGGCUUGGAAUUUUUCAGCAUCGGCGGUGAUCCCGCCGAGCUCAUGGCUUUCAUGGUCAAAAAUCCCGGCCUCAUGCCUGGUAUUGAUUCGCUCAAAAACGGCGACGUGGGAAAGCGAAGAAAGGGUAUCUAUGAGAUCAUUACAGGUUGCUGGAGGUCUUGUAUUGAGGCCGGAGAUGGCACUGGCAUGCAGGUUUCAGACGACAAUAUGGACGCUCGCAGCUUUGACAGUGCUGCGUUUUUCGGCGUGGACCCCACACUCAAGCCAUUUAUUGCGGAUGCCAUCAUCGCCAAUCCGCCGAGUUUUGCGCAUGUUCAUAUUGCAGAGAAAUUAGGCAUCCCCCUCCAUCUGAUGUUCACCAUGCCUUGGUCUCCAACGCAGUCUUUCCCUCAUCCUCUUGCCAAUAUCAUUUCCUCCAACACUGAUGCCAACAUGGCGAAUUUCGUGACGUAUGCCUUGGUGGAUAUGUUGACCUGGCAAGGCCUGGGCGAUGUUAUCAAUCGGUUCCGUGAAAGAAGUCUAGGCUUGGAGCCCAUCAGUAUCAUGUGGGCUCCUGGGAUGGUAAGUCGGUUGCGCAUCCCCUGGACUUAUUGCUGGUCACCGGCUUUGAUCCCCAAACCGGCGGAUUGGGGCAGUUUCAUUGACAUAUCCGGCUUCUACUUCCUCAAUCUGUCCACGAAUUACCACCCCCCACGGGAGCUGGUCGACUUUUUGGACGCUGGUCCACCACCCGUUUACAUCGGGUUCGGCUCUAUCGUGGUCGACGACCCCAACGCGAUGACCAAAAUGAUCUUUGAGGCUGUCCAGAAAACGGGUCAGCGAGCGCUAGUCUCCAAGGGCUGGGGCGGACUGGGUGCCGACGAGUUGGGCAUUCCCCAAGGCGUCUAUAUGCUGGGCAACUGUCCUCAUGAUUGGCUUUUCAAACAUGUCUCUUGUGUUGUACACCACGGUGGCGCUGGGACGACCGCUGCAGGUAUAUUGGCUGGUCGACCGACGGUUGUCGUCCCAUUCUUUGGUGAUCAACCGUUCUGGGGAUCUAUGACAGCCAGAGCAGGAGCUGGGCCGGUGCCAAUCGCCUUCAAGAAUUUGACGGCAGACAAACUGGCGGCACAAAUCAUGGAAGCGUUGAAGCCAGAAUCACUUGAGCGGGCCAAGGAGCUGAGCAUGAAGAUCAAGGCCGAAAGUGGUUGUGAGAGUGGUGCCGAGUCCUUCCACACGCAGUUGCGCGCGUCAGAUCUGCGAUGCUCGUUGGCUCCGGAGCGCGUAGCUGUCUGGCGUGUGAGACGGACUGAUAUUCGUUUAUCAUCGCUUGCAGCCACCGUCCUCGGAAGUGAGGGUCUUCUCGACUUUUCUGACUUGAAGCUUUACCGACCUCGAGAGUAUGAAACCGAGGAUGGGCCUUGGGAGCCGAUCUCGGGUGGUGCGGCGGCACUGAUUGGAACGAUUGGAAACCUCGGUAUGGGAAUUGCAGACUUUCCGGUGGAAAUUCUGAAGUCGUUGAAGACGGCCUCUGGGGAGCUCAAAGAGAUUCAUGAGAAAAGAAAAUCGGCCAGCGGAACUUCCACUCCGGUUGUCAGUUCUGAUCACCCAUCAACCCGGGAUCUAACUGCGAUGGCGACCGCCCCUGACGCAGCACCGUCCACCCUCUCCGCAGAGGUUCGCGAAAUAUUACGUGCUGAGACCAUGCCCUCAGCUAUGUCGACUGUCAUGUCGCCUGAUGGGACCGCGAAAUCUCAUCAUCACCAUCGUCGCUGGUCACGCCAUAGAUCUCGGUCUGGUUCACCCAAGCCGAACGAUGAUCGUACGCCCUGUCCUGGUGAAGAAGUCGGCCAAGUGUCAUUGGAAACUGCAAUAUCCGGUGCAAAGGCUGUGGGAAGGAUUGUUUCCGCUGGGAUCAAAUCACCGAUGGACUUCACAUUGUCUAUGGCCAAAGGGUUCCACAAUGCACCGAAAUUGUAUGGUGAUGACACCGUACGUCGAAAUGAUAAGAUUGUGGACCUUCAUUCUGGGUUGAAGACAGCGGGCAAAGAAUUCGGAUAUGGAUUCUAUGACGGCAUUACCGGACUCGCCACUCAGCCGAUCGCCGGAGCCAAGAAAGAAGGUGCUGCCGGUUUCAUCAAGGGAGCAGCCAAAGGUCUAGGAGGCCUGGUUUUGAAGCCAGCCGCCGGUAUUUGGGGACUUCCAGGGUAUACCGCGAAAGGCAUUUAUGCAGAAGUUGCCAAACACUUUGGUCGCUCGGUGCAGAACUACAUCAUUGCAGCUCGAACGGCACAAGGCUUCGAAGACUGGAAGAACAGCACUCCAGAAGAAAGAGCAAGAAUCGUCAAUGCUUGGAAAGACAGCAAACUGGAGAUUCGGAAAGGUGGAAAACCUGAUGGAAAUGACCAGGUCAGAAAAGAAAAGAAACAGAAGAGCAGCGGCCAGGUGAAGGGCCAAGGAAAAUUCUGUCCGUUUGAUCACGAUACAAGCCAUCGCUUCAAGCACAGCGGUUCGUUCUCGAAUCUAAGCCCUUCUCUCAACUUUGGUAAGACUAACUCCGGGGAAGACGCCGUAUUGAGUGAUCAUGAGCACGCCAUCCGGGUGUCAGUUAGCGCGACCAGUACAGGCAACCCCGAACAGGAUGCUAUGAUUGAGCGAGCAUUGCGAGCCAGUCUGCUGGAGUUACAAAGCCCGAGUGCGAACAAGCAUGAAGACGAAGCGUACGAGUCAGCCAUCAAAGCCAGCAUAGAAGAAUUCAAAAAAGCACGAGCAGAAUAUGCAGAACGUGCACAAGAGAGCGGCGUGAUAUCUACGGCAGAGGAGCUGUCCGAACAUGAUCAUGAGCUCGAAAGGGUUUUGACACAAAGUCUCGAAGAAUACAGGGCCUCCCAAGCCGCCCGGGGAGGAAUUGAAACCCCAAUGCAAGAUCAUUGGAAGGAUGAUAGUGAUUCUGGAAUCGAUACCGAUGAUGACGAGAACUUCAAACGUGCGAUAGAGGAGAGCAAGAGGCUGCACACUGAGAAUGAACAAAAGAACAGAGAACGGACGGACUAUGAAGCAGGUCCGAUAAGGAAUGGAAACGGGCCUGUGGCUACAGAACCAUCUGAUUUGGCGGAAGAUGAGGAGCUGAGACGUGCAAUUACUGCGUCCGAGCAAGAUGAAAAGGCACGCCAGGAGAACUUGACGAAACAGAAGACGGAGGAGGAGAUUGUGAUGGAGUAUGUCAAGAAGCAGAACUUGUUGGAGGAAGAAUUUAAGAAUCAGAACCAAGGCAAGAAUGUCACUGCUGUGAUUGCGGAUGAAACGCCUGCUCCUACGACAGCAACGACGUAG